UUAUUAUAAAUUAACCUUCUCUACAACUUACUCUAGUCUACUCUUUUCUCCUUGCCACCGUGCUGAGGUUCAACGCUGUUGCCUGUUACGGUGGAUACAGACUGUUUAGUGCUUACGUUGAGUCUUGAGUAACGUCCUGAAAAACUUAUUUACAAAUUAGCGGAAACAGAACGAAUCUCGAAUACUUCACGAUUUUGUUUGUAUAGUCUUCCCGUGGGAAUCAACUAGGUGUAAAGAUGCAUAAUAAGGAUCUGAUAAAAUCCAGUUGGGCGGAUGAAGUUGAAGAGCAUUUGGAAAAAACCACAUUGCCACAACCAAAAGUUGAUGUACACGGAAAUACCAAAGUUAUAACUGAAUAUCGUUGGAAMAAGGAUGACAAAAAAGAAAAGGUAGUCCGUACGUAUAAAAUUGAAAAACGACUAGUGUCCAAAACUAUAGCUGAGCGCAAGACAUGGGCUAAAUUUGGAGAUUCACGUAACGAUAAACCAGGACCAAAUACUUCAACUACGAUUCCGUCCGAAGAAAUACAGAUGCAAUUCUUAUCCGGUAAGGAUGGCGACAAGGUCGAAGAAAACCCAUUAGACAAAUUAAAGAAUGUGAACAUGAAUAUAAAAUGCCGAAAUUGUGGYGGAGAACAUUGGUCGUUUUCAUGUCAUCUCAAAGGUACCGGUUUGGUAAUUGAAGAUAAGAAACUGGUUMAAGAAAAGAUACCGGAGCCUGAAAAAAAUACCAGUACCAACAGACCAUACAUUCCCCCAUCAGCAAGAGAAGGAGCCACAAACACAGCUGGUAAACGAGAUCCAUACUCACGUGGUUAUGAUGAGGUACCUGCUAUCCGCAUAGAAAAUCUUUCUGAAAGUACAUCUGAAGCUGAUUUAAGUGAAUUAGUGAACAAAUUUGGUCAAGUUGCUCGAAUUUUCUUGGCAUCUAAUAAGGUCACUGGUGCUUGUAAAGGAUAUGCAUUUGUUAAUUUCAAAUCCAAAAUGGAUGCUGAACGAGCAAUAAAAGGAUUACACGGAUAUGGAUAUGACCAUUUAAUAUUAAAUGUUGGUUGGUCUACAAACAAUUAUAGUAAGAGUAGUUACUAAUUGGAUAUAAAUUUACUGGGAAUAACAAUAUUCUUUGGAUACAUUAUUUUAUACAUAUUUUUCAGUCAAUAUCAAUUAAAAUAUAAAUAUAUAA